AUGUCAGAUCAUCUACAACAACAACAACAAUUAUUGCACCAACAACUACUCCUUCAAAGACAGUUGCAACAACAACACCAUCAAUAUAAUAUACCAAAGAUUGUUGGUAACAUUGUGAAUAGUGUAUUGACACCUCAACAACAACAACAUCAUCUGAUACAGCAGCAGCAGCAACAACAACCAAUGAUUGCGACAGGACAACCUACAAUCAAUGUAGGAGGAAACCCUUCUACACCACCUCCACAACAACAAACCACAGCCACUGCCACUACCACUGCUGCCACAAACAAUGUCAAAGAAAGUGGACGAUUUACAGAUGCAGAGUCACUGUCUGCAUUUCUAAGUGAAGCAAUCUCUUGUGGUGGAAUGGUUGAUGAAUCUAUCAACUAUCGCUCGAUUGCCGACUCGCUGAUGUAUUUGGGGUUUGAUACGAUCUCUUCGAUCAUUGCACCACAAGAUUCAACCACCUACCAACUAUUUCUUUCAUUUGGUCUACGUAUCGGUCAUAUCACUAGAAUACGUGAGUUUGUCAGUCGCAACUCAUCACUCUAUCCUCCUAUAUUCAAUCCACUCUAUCCAUCUCAACAACCACAACCGCAACAACUCAGUCACCACCAUCCAGCAUAUGGACAUCAAUCAGUGUUUCUAAAUCCACAUCAUCAACACCAUUUUUCAUCACUAUCAUACAAUCCAUUUAUGAAUCUAUUGCCUGUUAAUCAGCAACAACAACAGGCAGUAUUUCAUGCAAGUCCAACCAACUUUUCUUCAAUCAUUCCUCAACAACAACAUUUUGAACAGUCUCCUCCUCAAUUCCAACCACAACCCCAGUCAUCAAUACCAACUCCACAAAUUGAACAACCUAUUAGUAUUACGACCACAACUACAACGACAACUAAUAAUAUUAAUACAUCACCUCCUACUACGACGACUGUACACCAACCUGAGCAAGCAUCAAAUUCAAAUUCAAAUGACAAUGAUAAUAAUAAUAAUUAUAUAAAUGAUAAAGAAAUGGAACAAGAAGAACCAACGAUACUACAAGAGGAAUCCAAUCAUAAUAAUAUUAAUAAUACAAAUAUAAUUGAAGAAACAAUGACGAAACAACAACCAAAUAUAGAGGUGACUGGGUAUGACGAUUUCCAGUCGUCAUUUCAUUUCAUUGUUCCAACAUUUGAAAUGGUUGCAACUUUGAAAAAACAAUUGAUGGAUAGUAAUCAAGGACAAGUAAAGGCGACAAGUUCGGCUGAUAAACCGACACAACUACCAUUCCAAGGAAGAGGUGAUAUUAUAAAGACCAUUAAUCAAUAUGUAUUAGAUAGAUGUGGUAGUAGUAGGACAACCACAACCACAAAGAAUAGUGGUAUCAAGAUGUUUGUAGUGUCUGGAGCAAGUGGACUUGGAAAGACACGGUUGUUGGAAGAGUAUGGUGUCAAGAGUAUGGCCAAACUAGCCAAAGAAAAGAUUGGACACUCUAUAGAGUCAUCAGUCAAUUGUUAUAUUACCUAUUGCAAAGACACACCCCUACAAGAUUAUGAAUUACAACAUCCAAACUAUUUCCUAGGACUUAGGGUAUUAUACCAUUUCCUAUUCUCAAAUACAACAGGUAUAUCUUUUUCAACUUGGAUUGAAUCCAUUCAAUUAAAGAGAUGGAGAAUCUCUCUUUUUACAUCUUUUCAAAUCAUUCAAAAAUUAAAACAACAACAGACUAAUGUCAACGCAAACACCAAUACCAACGCUUCACUAAACAAUAACAGUAACAACAAAUUAGUCAUUUAUUUUUCUUUUGAUGAUAUUCAUACAUUUUUCGAUCAAUAUUUUGAUCAAAACCAAUCACCAUUGGUUACAACCUCAGGCAAUAAUAAUAAUAAUAAUAAUAAUCACGCAAAUCAAAAUGGAAUUAAUAAUGAUCAUUUUAAUCAUUAUAAUAAUUUUGAUAAUAGGAAAAUUUUAAAACAAAUUUUGGAUCAAGUAUAUUCUACACUUGUGAAUCCACCAACGGGCAUUGUCAUCAUCCCACUCCUUUCUACAAAGAUUGUAUCGAUCAUUCAGAAUUUGACGGCUACUUCGUCCAACUUGCAAUUCCAUCAUUUCACAUUAUCACCAUUGACACCUGGACAAGAUCUAGUCACCCACAUUUGGGCCGACAAGAGACACGUCGGUGUCGGUGUGAUGAUGGCCACUUAUGAAAAGGUAAGAGAAUCAAUGUUUCUGUAUAUGGGGUUCAAACAAGUACCUUUAAAUGUUUUCUUUAAAGGUGCAAUGAUUGAUCCCGUAUAUGCAACGGAAACCAACACCAACAACAACAACAAGAAAAAGGGAGGGAUUCAUCCAAUACGACAAAUCACUUUGGACUUUGACAAUGUGCUCAACAAACCAAUCGCACUAUCUUCACACAAGAUACCAGAGGCAUUCCUCUUUUCACCAGUCACCGAUGAAAAGACAAAUCAAUUGAUUCAAUUUCAUGCAACUCCAACCAUCACCAUCAACGAUGAAGAUUCUCAUUCAUAUUAUAGGUUUGUAACUGUUUUUAAUAAUAAUAAUUAUAUUAAAAAUAAUAAUGACAAAAACAAUAAUACAAAUAAUAGUAGUAAUAAUAAUAGUGGUAGUAAUAAUACGAAUAAUUGUAGUAAUAAUAAUAGUAGUAGUAGUAAUAAUGGUGGAAAUGGAGAAAUAAUUGAAAAGAAAAAGAUAUUAUUUGGAUUUCAAUUUAAACAGAAUCUAAAUUUAGAGGCAGAAAAGAUUAGAAAUAAUUCUGUAUUGGAUUCGUGGGAGAAAUCUAGUCAAACUCAAAGAUGCUAUCAAAACUAUGAAUUUGUGACAGUUUGUAUUCCUUUGGAAGAAUGUCCAACUUUGGAACAGGUGGGUGGUCCCCUUGGCAACUUGAUAGUGCUGCCACCCAAUGCAGAUUAUUUCGUUCAACCUUUUCGUUUGGUUUUAAGUUAUUAUAAUCAAUUCGUCGAGAGAACAUUGGAAUUUGAUAAGAACAAACAUACAUUGGCUAUUCCACCAACAACAACAACACCAACAUCAUCAUCAACAACGACGACAAAUACAACAAUAGUACCACCACCAGUCCCAUCUAAAAAAGUAAAAGCAAAGGAGUCGGCUAAUACUCCAGCAACGACAACACUACCAUCAACUACAACUAAUCCACCUCCACCACCAUCUGCUCCAGCAACCUCUACAACUACACCUGCACCCACACCCACACCAAAACCUCCUUCGACUCAAACAGCCCAUAAACCAAAAGCCAAUUCACAAGACAGUCCAUCUCCAUCUAAAUCAGAUCCUACGAUGACCAGUACAUUAAAAUCAUCAUCUGAUCAAUUAUCAAGUACGACUAAAGAAUCAUUGACCUCAACAAAUAAUAAUAAUAAUAAUAAUAAGGAGAAUACAAAGGAGAAUGCUAGCAAACCAAAAGAACCAGAAAAAGAUACAAAAACAACUUCACAACCAGCAGCAGCAAGUACGACAUCCUCACAACCAUCCUCGAUUGGAACCAUGUUAUUGCCAUUAUUGGAGAAUUAUAAAACAAAAUCAUCGUCACCUUUAACUUCUGGUACCAGUAGUAGUAGUACUGCAUCACCACCAAGAAAAACAACAUCUCCUACUACUCCUACGACUACGACGACCACCACCAGUGCGACGACCACCACCACUGCGACUGUGCCUCCCAAACUCAAUCUCACUCCAACUACUACUCCUACAAAAACUGCAACUGUCACGACGGUUCCUACACCCACACCUACUACAUCGACACCUAAACCUAAAAAGCAAGGUCUUCUCCCGACUCCUCCUAGUAUAUCACCACCAAGAACAACGACAUCUCCAACUACAACUACUCCGACGAAUGUAUCACCACCAAAAACACCACCUUUGAGAUCGGAAGAAAGUAAAAAGAAUAAGCACCCUCCAUCAUCGUCGCUGGAAGAUUUACCAUCAAACUAUUCAUUGUCCACUCCACCAGUUAAAAUCGAACAACCUUUAAAGAAAUUCAAAUCAUCAAGUGUGACGUCUUCAAUAUUUGCAGGAAGUACAAUUCAUCAACCUAUUAUAGUAAAAGAGGAAAAAGUAUCAGAUGAACCGACAACUACAACUGUUGUCAGUUCUAAUAUAUCUCUUCCCAAACCUAUUAUUAACAAUUCUUUGAAUAGUAGUAGUAGUAUAAGUAGUAGUAGUAAUAGUAAUUGGGACCAUCAAAAUAGUAAUACUCAAGUCAUCAUUCAAUCAUCAAAUCCAACAUCAAAACCUAAAACUUUAGAAUUGGCAACUCCAGUUGGUAGUAGUAAUAGUAGUGGAAAUAAUAAUAAUAACAAUGGUAAUAAUGGUAUACCUGGACAAAUUGGAAUUAAACCAAUACCAAUAUCAAAACUUCCUCCACUUCCUCCAGCUAUAUUAGGUGAUUAUAAUCCCAACAACAACAACAACAACAACAACAAUUUACAACAACUACAAUCAAAAGAACCACCACAGAGAUUGGAAUUAUUCACAUCAUCAUAUCUAGCAAAGAAAACAAACAAUCCAGCAUUAGUAGUAGAAGGUGUUUACUUUGACACAAAUCGAUCGAUUUCUGCCAAUUUACCAACAUCUCCAACAUUGUCAUCAUCCAAGUAUGAUUCAAAUGAAAGAGAUAGAGAUAGAGAUAGGGAUAGAGAUAGAGAUAGAGACAGAGAUAGAGAAAGAGAUAGAGACUCUCGUGAAAAGGAUGGUGAUAGAGAUAGAGAUAGAGACAGAGAGAGAGAUCGUGAUAGAGAUCGCGAUAGAGACAGAGACAGGGACAGAGAUAGAGAUAGAGAAAGAGAUCGUGACAGAGACCGAGAUGGUACUAGUAGUAGUAGCAGAACUUUAUCAUUUAGAUCAAGAGAAAGAGAUUUUAAUUCUGGAUCCAACAACAGUGAAAAUGACAGAAGUGGAUUUGGAGAUAGUAGUAGUGAUCGUAAUAAUAAUAAUAGUGGUCGUGAUCGUUCACCACCUCGAACACGUCAUUAUACUAGUAGUAGUAAUCCACUCCCAACAUCAUUUCAAAGGGAUACUACUCCAAGUAGAAGAGGUGGACGUAGAUAA